GGAUAAUUAAGGCUUGAUUUUAUAGUCCUUAUUCAGGCAACGUUUCCAUUGAUUUCCUUUAGAAUUUCACUUGUGUAGAGAUUUCAGGAUCAAAAAUAAUAGAAAGCAAUUAAUAUUCCCAAUAUGUUAACUUUUUCAUAUAGCUAUUUUAAAUGGAAGGUGCUGCUUUUUAAUAAGAAAAUAAGUGGGUUAUUAUUGUCACCUAAGCUGAUGCCUUCAAAUUGUGUUUACCUCAUAGGUUUUAGAGGUGAAAGUUCAUAUUACAAGAAGCUGCUGAUCUCCUUCCAAACAUGGCUGAGGUGUAUUAAGAUUGGCCCCAGCUAGUGGGGACAGGUUUUUAUUUUCACACAAAAGGAAAUGAGUAGAAUUUAUAAUUUCAAUUGGCUGGAUGUGCCAUGGGGAGAUGGAGAUUUAGGUUCUUGGGCAGAUCGUUCACCACUGCAUGAGGCAGCCAGCCAAGGACGUCUCCUUUCUCUAAAAACUUUACUGUCACAGGGUUACAAUGUGGAUACUCUGACAAUUGACCAAGUCACUCCACUGCAUGAAGCCUGCCUGGGAGACCAUGUAGGGUGUGCAAGAAUCCUUCUUGAAGCAGGAGCAAAUGUAAAUGCUACAACAAUUGAUGGAGUGACUCCGUUAUUUAAUGCAUGUUCAAGAGGUAGUACGUCUUGUGCAGAGCUUUUGUUGGAAUAUGGUGCCAAAGCUCAGUGGGAGUCAUGUCUCCUUUCACCAACUCAUGAAGCAGCCAGUAGAGGUCAUAGUGAAUGUCUGGAAGUGCUGAUCUCCUGGGGCAUAGAUGUUGACCAAGACAUUCCUCAUCUGGGAACACCUCUAUAUGUAGCUUGUGUUUCACAGCAGAUCCAUUGCAUUCGAAAACUCCUUUAUGCAGGAGCUAAUGUGCAGAAAGGAAAAUAUUUGGACACUCCACUACAUGCAGCGGCUCAGCAACCCAGUACUGAGAUAGUAAAUUUACUUCUUGAAUUUGGAGCGGACAUUAAUGCCAAGAAUACAGAUUUUGAACGGCCUGUAGAUUUAGCUGUCCCAAGCAGCGUGGUGGAGAGAAUGUUGCUUCUACAAGAAGCUACUCCUUGCUCUCUUUGCCAACUCUGCCGACUAUGUAUCCGAAAUUGCAUAGGAAGAGCAAGACUGCAUCUUAUCCCCCAACUUCAGUUGCCAACAAUAUUGAAGGAUUUCUUACAGUAUAGAUAAAAUAGCGGCUAAUCUUUAGAAAAUUGAACAAGUACUGUUUUGUCUAUAUAUUGUCUAUAUAGUGUAGGUUCCACAUGAAGAACUUCUGGGGAAAUAGUCUUUUACAUAGUACCAUACUAAGUCUUUUACACCAGAAGUUGAAUAUUUGGGAGCCCUUGAACGACUCAGUGCCAAGGUGCUAAUACAACUGAGUAAAAUGAGGUGUGCUAAUACUCUGGGAAAUGACGGUAUAGCUAGCUUUAGUUUAACACUUACUAAUUCGCUAUUUUGCCGAUAAAGUUCAUUAAUUGUAUUUGUACAUUAUAAUCUGUUUGAUACAUCUCAAAUCCCACAGAGUUCCUUUACAAUUAAUGUUGAGUUUGUCAAUUUGGAUUGUGUAUUUUGUGAAUGCCUGUUAUUUGUGCUUAGAAAUAUAUGGCAAUAGGUGCAUCCUAUAAGUUGAAAAAAUAAAUAGAUUUCACAAUUU